AUGUCGCUAACCGAAGAAUACAACAUAGCUCACAGUCGAGUCGAACUUAAAUUUUCGUGCCAAGAUCUCCCAGACUUGGAUUACCUUUCUAAAACUGACGCACAAAUAUUCCUCGAGGUUUACAACCCAAAGAUAAAAUCAUGGGUCGCCCAUCCUUGGCGGUCAGACAUUGUGGACAAUUCCUUAAAUCCAAAGUUUGUAAAAGGGUUUGAAAUAGAUUUCUUCUUUGAAGAGUUGCAAAAGUUAAAAUUUAUUGUAGUGGACGUGGAUAAACCAAAGCAGCCUGAAUGGAGAGCACAAGAAUUUGUUGGAACUUUUGAAUGCGACCUGGGAUCUAUUGUCGGAAGUCCCGGUGGUAAAAUUCUCGGCUCACUAAAAGACCCAAACCAUCCCAACAAGGAUAGAGGCAAAAUAAUCGUUACGGCUGAAGAAUUGAUCGAAAACAAGACAGAGGCAAGGCAUGGAUUUUAG